AUGGCCAACACCACCGGGCCCCUCCAGGCCACGGAAGUCGCGGGCUCCAUGGGGCUGAUCCUGGCGGCCAUCGUGGAGGCAGCAGCCCUGCUGGGCAACGGCGCGCUGCUGGCGGUGGUGCUGCGCACGCCCGGCCUGCAGGAGGCGCUCUACCUGAUGCACCUGUGCAUCGUGGACCUGCUGGCGGCCGCCUCCAUCAUGCCGCUGGGCCUGCUGGCCGCGCCGCCGCCCGGCCUGGGCCGCGUGCGCCUGGACCCCGCGUCCUGCCGCGCCGCGCGCUUCCUGUCGGCCGCGCUGCUGCCCGCCGGCACGCUGGGGGUGGCGGCGCUGGGGCUGGCGCGCUGCCGCUUCAUCGUGCACCCGCUGCGGCCCGGCGCGCGCCCGCCGCCCGGCCUGGUGCUCGCGGCCGUGUGGGCCGCCGCCGCGCUGCUGGGCGCGCUCUCCCUGCUCGGGCCGCCGCCCGGGCCGCCGCCCGCCCCGGCCCGCUGCUCCGUGCUGGCCGGCGGCCUCGCGCCCUUCCGGCCGCUCUGGGCGCUGCUGGCCGUCGCGGUGCCCGCGCUGCUGCUGCUCGGCGCCCACGGCAGCAUCUUCCUGGUGGCGCGCCGCGCCGCCCUGCGGCCCCCGCCGCCCGCGCGCGGGGCCCGGCCGCGCUCCGCCUCGCUGGACAGCCGCCUGUCCGUGCCGCCCGCGCUGCGGCCCCGCCUGCCCGGCCGCAAGGCCGCCCUGGGGCCCGCGCUGGCGCUCGCCCAGUUCGCGGCCUGCUGGCUGCCCUACGGCUGCGCGUGCCUGGCGCCCGCCGCGCAGGCCGCCCGGGCCGAGGGCGCCGUCACCUGGGUCGCCUACUCGGCCUUCGCGGCGCACCCCUUCCUGUACGGCCUGCUGCAGCGCCCCCUGCGCCGCGCGCUGGGCCGCCUGGUGCGCCGGGCCCGGCCCCGGCGGGUCUGCACCCCGCGCGCCUGGCGCCCGCGGGCGCUCCUGCAGCGCCUCCGGGGACCCCCCGAGGGCCCCGCCCUGGGACCUUCCGAGGCACCAGAUCCAGAACCAGAUGGAGAACCGGACGUGGCCGGAGGGGGGACCCUCCCCGUGCCCAAGGCCACCUGA